GUUAUUCUGUUAAUCACUAGCAAGAGUCAAACAUCAAAUAUCAAAAUGUUCAAAUUAGUUGUUCUCGCCAUGGUGGUAGUCGCUGCCAAUGCCGGCGUGAUUGGGGGUUUGGGUCUUGGAGGAAUCGGCCUGGGAGGCCAUGGUGUCGCCAUCGCCGCUCCGGUAGCAAUUGCACAUGGAGCUGAAUCGUAUCAGAACAACAACCAAAUCAGUGUGCAUCCAGUCCCAGUAGUAGCUCAAGUUAAGACCAUUGCUGCUGCUCCAAUUGCCGUAGCUCAUGCUCCAGUAGCCGUGGGUAUUGGUCUCGGACAUGGUCUGGCACUUGGAGGACUCGGACACGGAGUUGGACUAGGACUUCAUUAGGGCUAAAUUGAAUGGGAUGAGCAGCGGCAAUUUUAGUUAAAGUUGUCAAAAUUUGUGUUUAAUUUAUUAUGGUUAAUAAAAUAGA